AUGUUGUCAGACAACGUCAGGUUGAUAUCCCAGGCUCUCUGUUUCUUCAUUCCAUAUCUUGGCCGCUACAUCCUGCAACGCGGACAGGCAGUAUACCAUAGAUGGACAUGGCAAGACAGCCCGGGCGCCAAAAACGUCGUUGUGCUCGGGGGUUCGUUUGCGGGAGUCGAGUUAGUGAACCGGCUGGCCGACACGCUGCCAACGGGGUAUAAGGUCGUGCUGGUCGAAAAGAACUCGCAUUUGAACUACUCAUUUAACUUCCCUCGUUUCUCUGUUAUGAAAGGCCACGAACACGAGGCACUCAUCCCUUAUGACGGCAUUGCGGACGGCGCUCCCGCUGGCAUCUUCAGGCGUAUCCAAGACACGGCGGUUGGUCUCACCAACACCCAAGUGAUACUCUCUUCCGGAGCCAGGAUCGACUACGCCUUUCUCGCGAUUGCAACAGGGUCAUCGCAACCGUUACCUGUACAAGUAUCGGCCACAGAGCGUAGUGAAGCCUGUCGUGAGUUACAGGAGGUGCAAGAGACCAUCCGGGCAUGCCACAAGAUUGCGGUUGUGGGGGGAGGCGCCGUGGGCGUAGAGCUGGCGAGCGAUAUAAAGGACUUUUAUCCCGACAAGGACGUGAUUCUGAUCCACUCGAGGGACCGACUUCUUAGCCACUUCGGCAGACGACUGGGAGACUACGUUCUCAAGGCGCUGCAAGACGAACUCGGUAUCAGAGUUUUACUACGAGAGCGGCCUGAGAUGCCUGCGUUGGGGAACAUGGCCAAGUCAGCCAAGCUGGUGUUCGCCGAUGGGCGUGUAGAGGAGUUUGAUCUCAUCAUCGGCUGCACUGGUCAGCGGCCUAACUCUGCUAUCCUGUCGUCUCUGCUUCCAAGCACCAUCUCCAAGAAAAGUGCCCGCAUUCUUGUCCAGCCUACUCUCGAAGUCUUUGCAGGCCCAGAGCCAGGCCUGGAAACGCACAUAUUCGCCCUUGGAGAUGUGGCUGAGCACAGCGGCCCUCGCAUGGCGCGUGCCGGCUGGAUGCAAGCUUCAGUAGUCGUCGACAAUAUCCUUGCCAUCAUACGUGGGGAGAAGCCGUCCCAAACGUAUACUCCCCAACUGUUUCUCGAAGGCGCAAUCAAACUCACCCUAGGCAAAAGGCACAAUGUUGUGUAUGCAAUGAACAAGGAUGGAUCAGAUGUUCUGGUCCCAGCAAGAAAUAACCGCUUGGACUUGGGCAUCGAGAGGGCGUGGAAGCAAUACGGCGUGGGGGCACAGUUUAAGACAUCCAACAAAGGUAUAGCAAGCAUUGCCUAA